AAAAAAAUCUCCGCCGCUGCUCACACCGACUGACCCGCUUCCAGGGAAAACUGCUGUAAAGUUUUGUCAGCGAUAACGACGAAAACUCAUGAAAGAAACCUGGACUACGGAUAGUUCUGAAGCUGGACUUUAGUGGCUGUUUUAACCCCAUUUUCAUCAUAACUGUGUGUUUCUUGAGAGACUUUCAAACUGGUGGAGUUUUCUUAUUUUAACGGCCGACGGGAUUUCCUCUCAUCUCGAAGUUCCCAAGAUGAACUUCGGUCCGGUGAACGGGAAACUUUCUGUGUUGGUGGCCGCGCUCUUUGUCGGGCUGGUUUGUCACGCGGCAGAACCUCCAGCAGCUCAGUGGGCCGGCGAUGAACACAACAACAUCACCCAGCGACGACACAGAACAUGUGUGGAAAAUCAGCAGUACCUCCACCAGGGACUACUCUGCUGCCUCAAUUGCCAAGCUGGAACCUUUGUGCAGAAAGGAUGUGAACGAGACCAGGAGCAGGGGACAUGCAACCCCUGUGAGCACGGACAGACGUACACAGAGCACUCCAACGGGAUGAACCGCUGUCUGCCCUGCACACACUGUCGCUCAGAUGAGAUUGAAACGGCGUCCUGCACCACAACUACAGACACCAAGUGUCAGUGCAAACCAGGAACCUUCUGUGUCCCAGAACAGGCCUGUGAAGUCUGCAAACGCUGCGCCAAGUGUAAAUCAGGGGAGGAGGAGGUGAAGAAGUGCACGCCUUUCUCCAACACAGAGUGUCGGAAACUGAAUCCGUCCCCGACUGAAACCUCCCCAGUCCUCACCACGUCCGCACCAAGUUCUCCACAAGAUAACGUCCUUCCUGUUAUCAUUCCUGUACUCAUCAUCAUCAUCAUCCUCUGCCUUAUUAUCGGCCUGGUUGUGUGGUGGUUCUUCUUCAAGCGGCGGUCAUGUGAAUCACCAUGUCUGAAGAGCAGCUGUGAUCCCAGUGAAAUUGUGAAGAUUCCCAUCGACGAGAGUGGAUCCACAGCGGAAGAGAGGCAGAACAAUCAGAACGCGGGUCUGGAGGGGGAGGGGGAGGGGGAGGAGCCCCGCCCAGAGUCUCGGCCCCUGCUGCAGGAGACUCAGUCCGGGUUGACCAAGGCCUCCCCUCCUCUGGAAGACGAGGACCGAGGACUCGGAGACAGUUUACCCAACACCACCAGCUCCUCUCAAACCAGCCUGUCGGCCCUGCCCACAGCUGCUUCCUCUGGUAACACCCCCCACCACAGCCCCACUGCCGUCAGACUGCCCCCUGCAGACAUGGAUGAUCCUCUGCAACAUCGAUUGCUGCCACUUCUAGCUUCUGAAAAAUCCCUCAAGAAGAGCUUCGAUCUGUUUGACGAGUACCUGGACGUCCGGAUCCACAACAAGUUCUUCAGGCGGAUCGGCGUCAGCGACAACCAAAUUCGGAUCGCAGAGAACGCCCCCCCUGCUGACAAGGUGUACGAACUGCUGAAGAACUGGAUGCAGAGGCAGGGACUGAAAGCAGACAUCAACGACCUGCUGGACACUCUGCUAAGUAUGGACCAGCGGCGCUCGGCCGAGACCAUCGCCUCCGCCGCCCUGCAGAAAGGCUUCUACAAGCACGCGGACGCACCCUGAGGGGAGGGGCGGCGAGCGGAGGAAACACAAAGUACUCAAUGCAAGACGAGCACAUAGACACUAAAAAGGUGGACGUUGUGUCUGACGAACAGGCUUACCUCUUUGUGGCCGAGCGGCCAUGUUUUCAGAAGCCAGUAGUUCUUUAAAGAAACACAAAAAGGGGAACGCCGAGCCGGAUUCAUUCGAGCUCUUUAGGAGGUUGACUACUUGCCAAAUGUGGUGGUGUACAAAAAAUGAGAAUGAAGAAUCAGUUUUGACAAUUAUGACAAAAAAAAGAAAAAGAGCACAAUCACAUGAAGGUGUCCAAAUGCAGUAAACCGCUGCGUCUUGAAGCUAACGAAGCUACAUGCAGCCCAAUACUGAAAAGCUUAAGACGUCUCCGGGCGCGUGUCACUCAUCUGGUCGUUACCCCAGAUCAUUAAACACUCAACCCCGGAGACCGAAUAUACACUGGUUUGUAGGAGUGGCAUUAGACAUGUCACAAAUACUGGUGCACUGACCUCUGGCACAUGUAGGAUAUGAAACUACAAUCAUGCUUUAGUUGUUGUUUUGAUGUUACUAAAAAGGAGUUCACGGACAUUUUCCCCCGACUAAAGAAAGGAAAAUAUUGGUCGUAAACGGUCAAAGUCUUAGCCUCACUAAUCAGAAAACUUGACCUCUUCAGUGCCAUUCGAUCAUCUGAGUAUAAAUAGAUCAUGAUUUUAAUGAUGAUGUCAUGGAGCCGUAGUGUUCAAAAAAACUGUGUUUUCACUCACUAGAAGGAGUUUCCUGAGUUAAGCCUGAAUUCCACCAGGUGUGUGUUCGGUCCGUCUCCGCUCCGUUAAGAUUUUCACUUUAUUCAAUCUGUGCGUCCUAGCUCCAUCAAUCCAGAGCUCUCUGCAGCAGAUACACAGGGCUUCUGUUUUUGCUGACCGCCGGAGCACGGCGCAUCAAUUAACCACAGAAAAGAUCGAGCGAGACGGGAAGUCAGACACUGAAAAAAACCUUAAAACGUCCUGUUUAUUUUCAGAAUAAAACACUCAGUUUUGACGCUUCAGAACAAUGACCGUAUGUGUGUUUCAUACGGUUUUAUACCACAUACAUCGUGUUAUCUCGCGCUGUCCAGAGUGAAUCUGUAAAAAUGCAGCGGCGUCCGGAGGUGCUGCCCCGUGCUGCACACUGAGAACGCAGCCGGUGGGUGUCGACGGACCGGAGCGGACACACUAUUGCACACGUAUCUGGUGGAAGUUCAUCGUGUUCCGUCGUAUUUCCAGCUAAAUUCAAGGUCAUAUUUUAUUUAUUGUCAUAUUUAUUGUAAUGAUUCAUAAUUAACUUUCAUUAUUUAUACCUUUUGCCAAAAACAAAACAAAACAAAACCCUGCAAGGAAAAAAAAAAAGAAGAAGCGCCUCAGGGUGACAUGACUGACAUCCAAUCUUUCAAGGUGUGGUUGAAACCUGUAAUGAAUGAACUCUUGUCUUUCAGUGUAGCACUCUUCUUGUUUCCACACUGUCAUUAACGCGUGCCCAUUCGGUCACCGUGUUUGAAGCUUUCAUUAUGUUUAAUGUAAGACUUUGUCCGUUCAAAUCGAAGUAAGAGAUGACACAGAUGAGGAUUUACCUGCUGUUCUAGUGAACCUGGGGGACCGGAGCGUCCUUGGGGGUGCGGGUACAGACCGGUUUGUCUUGGUUAGACUCUGACAAGAUGAAGGAAAUCAUAUUUCUGGAUUUAAAAAAAAAAAAGUACUCAUGUAUUCUCCUUAUUUUUCCCCUUGUACAUAAAACAAAUCCAUAACAGCCUCACUGAGUGUGUGUGUAAGUAUGCAGCAGCAUGGUGAGGAGUAAAGCACAAAGCGGAGUCGUUAGCUGUUCAUUUUGUGCCCUUUUAGAUUUCUUUGUUUUUGCCCGUUUUCCUGCAGUCUCCUGUAUAUAAAGGACAGAGUUACAGAGUUAUAUAUAAUUGCUGAAGAGUGAUGCAACAGUGCCGGCACUGCCAUCUACUGACAGACAAUGAGAAUACAGCCUGCACCAAUUUCUAGGGAUGCUGUACCACCUUCCUCUUUACUCACUGAACCGUUUCUAAACCGUGUCAGAUUUUCUUCUUUUAUCGACCUCUGAGCACGUUCCUUCACUCUGCUUUUUUUUACAUUUUCUGAGUUUUAACUUUUACAGAUUUCAUUACAAGUCCUGAGCUGUUCAAAUUAACCUCCUGUUACUUUUGUAUAGAUGUUCUAUUCAGCGCUGCCUUAAAGCCCCCCCCCCCCCUUAGUUAUUGUUUGCUUGUCAUGGAUUUAAGAUAUAAAUUAUGCAAAAUAUGUCAAAGCUGUUUUUAUGUACAUUUACAAUAAAUGUUUUGUACAGAU